AUGUCUUCUCUCUACAAGCUCUCGAUUCUGGGCAUCCGGUCGUUCUCGCCCACCGACCACGAAACCAUCCAGUUUGGCACGCCGCUCACGCUCAUCUGCGGCCAGAACGGCUGCGGCAAAACCACCAUCAUCGAGUGUCUCAAGUACGCCACGACAGGCGACCUUCCGCCCAACUCCAAAGGCGGGGCGUUUGUCAACGACCCUGCGGUGGCAGACCGGCUGCUUGUCAAUGCGGAAAUCAAGCUUGGUUUCAUUUCCGUCGACGGCAAGCUGAUGACAGUGACGCGGAACAUGCAAUUGGCCCGCAAGCGCGGCGCCCGCGGCGCCAACACGUUCAAGACGCUCGAGGGCCAGCUCGCGGUGAUGGCCCGCGGGCACAAAACGGCGCUCAGCACGAAAAACGCCGAGUUGGACGCGCGCGUGCCGCAGUACUUGGGCGCGCUGCGCGCCGUGUUGGAGUACGUGAUCUUCUGCCACCAGGACGACAGCUUGUGGCCGCUCAGCGAGGCCGGCGUGUUGAAAAAACGCUUCGACGAGAUCUUCGAGGCGCUGCGCUUCACCAAGGUGUUGGACACGAUCAAGACGCUCCGCAAAGACAUGGCCUCAGACAUCCGCCUUAUAGAGCAGAGCGUGCACCAUGCGCAGGUGGACCAGGCGCGCGCGCGCAAAAUCCGCGACAAGUUGGCCGCCAGCACGGCGCAGGCCGAGCAGUACACGGGGCAAAUCGCCGACUUGACGGUGCAAAUCGAGCGCCUUGAGCGCGAGGCCGAGCGGCUCUUCUCGUCCAACCAGGCGUUCCAGCGAACGUUGGGCGAGCACCAGCGGUUGAGCCUUGUGCGCGAAAACACCAGGGCCAACUACGACCGGCUCGAGCGCAGCUUGGCCAAAGUCGACUGGCCCGACGAGGAGUUGGCGCGCGCGCUUGCGCAGUGUUCGGGCGACCAGGAGAAAACGCGCGCGGCGCUAGAGGCGGCCGAAGCAGACCGCGCGAGUGCCGCAGACGCCAUGCUGGACUUGCAGGCGCGCUUCCAUGCUCUCACGCGAGAGGAAGGGCUCCUAAGCUAUAAGCAAUCCCAGUACGGGGAGAAGGUGGCGCGGUUGGCGGAGUUGGAGAAAACCACAACGCAGGGCGAGCUUGCGGCACGCCAGAAGACACUCGACACGGCGCUUGCAGCCAAAGACCACGAGAUUGCCGAGGCGUCGAGCCGUCUCCGGGCGGCGCAAAGUUCGCUCGCGCGCGAACAACAGAGCAGGGCGCACUACAUGCGGGAGGCAGAAGAGUGCGGGCAGCGCGCGCGCGAGCUUCGGCAGAAAGUGGCGCUCGCGUCGGCGGACCAGCUUGACGCCGAGCGCGGCGAGCUCGAAACGCUCCGCGAAAAGCGCGCGAAAAGAAGCCUGGGCGCGCGUUCCGACGAGCUUCAGGCGCAGCUCGCGCGCGACAAAAUCACCCUCGCGCGCCUCGAGGUGGAAAACGAUGACAUGGUGUCGAAGUUGGCCAGCGCCAGCUCGCUGGCUGAAUUGCAGACGCGGCGCGACGUGCUCCGAAGCAGCCACACGCGCAAGAAAAACUCGUGGCGCCGCAACGUCGAGGCGCACGGCCCGCAGUUCCAGCAGCUUUUGGGCGUGGAUUUGGAUCCUGCGCUGGCGCCCGAGGUCUUGGAGUCGCGCAUCCGCGAGUUGGAGGCGGCGCAGAAAAAGGACGCCGCGGCCGAACAGUCUGCGCGCGAAGAGUGGAGCCGCGCCGCUGCGCAGAUGCAGAGCGCCGAAGAAAACCUCGCGGCGGCGCGACAGAAAUUGUCCCAGCACACCAACGCCGUCUCGGCCGUUCUCGAAGGCGACCUAUCCGAGUACGAAAACGCCGUGUCUGAGGCGGAGGAAGAUCACCGCGCUGCCGUUUUCAACUUGAACACCUUCGAAGUCACCCGCAGCUACCAGCUUCGCGCAGUGGAGAUUGCUGAGAAAAGCUCGUGCUGUACGCUCUGCAGCCGCAGCAUGAGCGAGCAAGAGAAAAACCGCUUCGUGCAUGACCUCCAGGCCGGCUUGAAGGCGCUCACUGCGGAAAAGCUUCGCGCCGAUGUGGACGCUACCGAUCGCGACGUGGCCGAAUUGGCCGCCAUUCGUGUGGAUGUGGUGCAGGCCCGUAAGCUUGCGGGCGAAAUAGCGGCGCUUGAGGCGAAGGCGGCGGCGCUGAAAAGUGCGCACGCCGACCUUUCGUCUUCCCUCGAGACGCUCGAAGCCUCGCUCAAAAAAACGACCGCCGAAUUGUCUUCCCUCCAGUCUCUCCGAGAGCCCGUGCGAGCCAUUGCUAGUGAUAGCGCCGAAAUCGACAAGUUGGAGGCAGAAAUCAAAGAGCUCGAAGGCGAACUCGGAGACUGGGGUUCCGAAGUGCCGGUGUACGAAUUGCAGAGCUUGCAGAAACAAAAGGCCGCAGAAUUGCGUGCUGUCAGACAAGCGGUUUCUGAUGCGACCGAUGAGUUCCAUUUUCUCCAGAAAGAUGCGUCGCGUUUGGAGGGCCAGAUCAAGGACAAGCAGCUUCUUAUUAGCAACUUGGAGAAAGCUUUGGGCCAAACCAUCUCUCUUCAAGGCAGAAUCACUGAACAGGAAGAGCUCGAAAAGUCUUUGAAGGCGAAAAUCAAGGAGUGCGAGACCCUUGCUACCGAACAUGAGCUGCUCUGUGCUUCUCUCACCAAAGAGGUUGAAGAGCUUCAACGCUCCAGAAAAGAAAUCGAAGAGUCUGCUAAGAAAGAGAUUGCUGCAUUGAAGGCUGAACUGGAUACAUUGGAGAGGCUUAGGGCCGAUAUCAAAGAGUACGAGGAAAAAGAUGCUGCUGUUGUCGAAGACAACACGCGCAAACUCGAAGAGGUUCAGAAAGAAAUUGAAGCUUCGAAAGCAACUAUGGAGAAUACAGAAGCGAGAAUAAAGCAGCUUCAAGCAGAAGUCAACGAUUUUAAAGAACGCGAACGGCAGAUGCGAGACAACAUGGAAUAUCGCCAGCUUGAAAAAGAACUUGAUCGUUUGGAAGAGCAGUUGAAUGAGCUUGAUGUACACAAUGCAGAAGUGGAAAAAGAAAGGUACGAAGUGGCGCUGAAAAAACUCAGAGACCAGAUUUCAGAGCUUACGUCUAGUCUCUACGGUAAGGAGGGAGAGGUGAAGCAAAUCAGAGACCAAAUCACCAAUUUCCAGAAAGAGUUAGAGACGGAGUUCAAGGAUAUUGACAAGCAAUACCACAAAGAGUGGGUUAAGCUACAGACUAACAUGCUCGUCUCGAAUGAUUUGCAAACUUACUCACAAGCAUUGGACAAAGCCAUCAUGAAAUACCAUAGUAUGAAGAUGGAUGAGAUUAAUCGCAUCUUGCGUGAGCUUUGGAACCAGACAUAUAAGGGAACAGACAUUGAUGGCAUCGAAAUCAAAUGUGACGUCAGUAAUCUGGGGAAAGGCCGAUCCUACAACUAUAGGGUGGUGAUGUAUAAGAAAAGCUCAGAGCUAGAUAUGAGGGGAAGAUGCUCUGCGGGUCAAAAGGUGUUAACCAGUAUAUUAAUUCGGUUGGCGCUUGCGGAAUGUUUUGGCCAAAAUUGUGGAAUGAUUGCACUAGAUGAACCGACAACAAACUUGGAUGUGGAAAAUGCUGAAUCUUUGGCUGCAGCACUCAACAAUAUCAUUGACUUCCGCAAAAACCAAAAGAACUUCCAGCUUAUUGUUAUUACUCAUGAUGAAAAAUUCCUCAGUCACAUCAAUGGCGACAGUUACACAGACAACUUUUACCGUAUUGAGCGGAACGAGAAUCAGCAUUCUGUCAUCAAAAGUUUGCCAAUUCACCUCAUGCAAGACGAUUAG